AUGGAUCCACGAUUCCAAAAGUGUAUUAAGGAAGCGCUUGAGUUACGGGACCAAACUCGAGAAGAAAUCCAGGCAUUACACCUGAACAUCGAUUACGUUAUCGAACGAGUUAUACUGGAGACCCCAGGAUUAAAUCCAUACCAAAGAGGUAAUGUCUUGUGGUUACUUGUGAAGUGUCGCCACGCUUACACGAAAGAAUGUCGGGACAUCCAUGAUGAGUUAGACGUCAAUGAAGCUAUGGACCCUUCUUCAUAUUCUGAAGGACAAAGAGAAGCCGAGGCUCAUGGCAAGCAGAAAGCCGCCAUGGGGAAACUCAUCCAAAGAUACAAGAAAGUGCUCACUGUUCACGCUAACCUCAGUGAAGGAGACCAAGCAUUUAUUCAUGGACGGUUUAUAAAUUAUCGUCGCAACUUAAAUGCAAUUCCUGGUGGCUAUAAGACAGGAUUGAAGAAUGUCGUCUAUAAUACAUUUUCUCGAGAAGAUGCCGACAAAUUCAUCCACGUUUAUGAUUAUGGGCUUGAUAUUACUUAUGGAGAUGAUACCCAUCAGUUCCAUCAGUUCUACAUGAGUGACCUCUGGUAG